AUGAAUUCCAAAAUACUGGAGGUGCUGAACCUGAUCGAUGAAAAGUCGUUCAAGAAAUGUGAAAAGGUAAUAGCAGCGGGGCUGAAGGCAAAGAAGAAUGAGAAGCUUUACCUUCUGUUGAAGUGCCUUCUCCAUUCGCACGUGAAUGAGAUAGACGAGUGUAAACAAAUAUUGGAGACACUAGAAGUGGAUGAUUCGGAUGAAAAUGUGUUCUACAUAUUAAGAACCAUAUACACGAAUUUGAAUGAGGGUGGAAAGUUAAUCCAUUUGUAUGAGGAGAAAAUAAAGAAGGCAGAAUCGGGCAAGAAGGGCCUGAGCAUAACCAAUGGCAGCAUCGAUAACGUUGGGAGCGCCAUUGUAAGCAAGAGCGAUCACAUCAAUGCUAGCAGCAACGUGAGGAACGCGCAAAAGGAAAAAGUAGACGUGGAGAUGAUCAUAAGGAACCUUUUUGAUUACUGCCUAAAUACGAGUUUUUUCAAAAAAGGAAGUAAUUUGUCCUUAAAAUUGUAUAAACAGACAAAUGAUUCUAAGUAUCUUCUGUACAACAGCUACCUCGUCUACAUGAACAACUCGAGCAACAACACACUAGUCUACAAUUUGGCACUCAACUUUUUAAAAAAUUAUAAAUGUUACGGUAACAAUAAAGUUACAGAAAACUUUUCCUUUUUUUUAGUAUUUUUUUUUAUUAACAUAAAAUUGAGAAAUUAUGAAGAGUGCAUCAAAAUAUUGGAAUACGCCAAGAGCAACAAUUUUUUUCUCAACCCAUUACAAUACCAGGUGUACAAAUUGUACAUACAAUUUAUUUUCAAUAAACUGGACAGUUGCAUUGGCGUUUUAACAGAACUGAUAAAGGAGCUCCCAGAAAACAGCGACUACUACAUCCUCUACAUUGACCUCAUCAUUUAUCUGCUAAACAAACAUAACCCAGAUGUGGAGGUCGAGAAUAUUUUUAACCUGUACAAAAACGAUUUGAUGUACUUGGAGUUUUUUCAAAAAUGUUUCAUACAUAUAUGUGUUCAGAAGGUUAAGGCGUUUCCUGAGAAUAUUCAUACCUUCUGGAACUGCAUUGAAGAGGAGGGGGAGAAUGGAUCGGGGGGUUCCCAUGCCUACUACAAAGACGUGAUGAAUUUGGUUCUUUCGAUGGACCAGAUGAGUAUCAGCACGGAGAAUGGGGUUGUAACUGGACAGAACGAGAUGGAAGGUAGCGGCGCAGAUGGGGAAAGUGGCCCCAACGAUUUUGCAAGUGACAAUAGUGAUGCAGGAAGUAACAAUCAUAAAGGGGGUAGAAAAAGGAAGGGUAAGCGGGAAUGCCACAGCCCCUUCGAAAGCAUAAUGAACAAAUUGGAGAGCCUAAUAGAGGACUACAAAAAUGAUGUUAUGAAGAUCUACAAGGAACACGAUGUAAAGGUGUACUUGUACAUGCUACUCUCCUUUAUGUUAAAAGAAAGCAAAAAUUAUAACAUGUUUUACUCAAUUAAAAAUCACCUCAGUCUUUUGAAGGACGACAUGAUAGCUAUCCUCAUCGUGUUCGUGAAAAUAAUUUUGAAAAAACUAUACGUAGGAAUUAGCACCGAAAUGAAGGUCCUAUCGAUGGGAAACUUCCCUCGAAAUGAAUCGAAGAAAGAAAUACAAAAAAAUAUUUUAUUGUUCUACAAACAUAUUUACAACUUUGAAAAGGUCCUCUAUGUGUUGUAUAAAAAGGAUGUGCACGAAUCCUUUAACCGAGUUUUUUCCAUGUUCAUUCAAGUGACUAAUAAUAUGGACCUAAAACUCCGGGAUGAUAACUUCGUUGUGCUGCUCGUCGAAAUGGCGUUAUACUUAGACAAGUACAACCUCUGUCAGCCUGAGCAGAAAAGCGGCUUUGACGAGGCUGUGACGCACAUGCACAAUAUGAUCAACAGCAGAUGUGACGAACUAAACCUCGGAGGGUGCAAAAGCGUCGAUGAAUUUGUGGGCCCCAUUGGCUCCUACCAGUGUGCAGUAAUAGAUGGUGAAGAAGGUUCCAAUCCGACGAAUGGAGGAAGUUCACAAAAGAACAACCCAGAAGCGUACCACAUCCCGAAUGUGCAAAAUAUAUGCACCACCAUUUUUGAAAUGAACGAUGGAGAGAAGAACGAAAGGGACAUCCAGUUAACCAACAGGACGUAUUACAUUGCUGCGCUGAGUGUACUGAAGUACUCAUACAAUUAUCGAAUUCGCAUGACGGAGAAGGAGAAUGAAGAGAAGAAGGUGAAACCCAUUCUAAACAACGACUACAUAAAUGUGCUUGUCUUGAUGAUCUACCUCAACAACGUGAUUGGAAAUUUCACCAAUUUUUCAACCCUAGUUGAUAAGCUAAAUAUAAAGAACAUCCAGCUGAUUACGUACUCACCAAUAUUAUUCAUACACACGUAUAGCUAUUCCUACUUUAAAUAUGCCGAGAAUUUGCUAAAAAAUAUUUUGAACUAUUAUAAUGUACAGCAGGGAAAUUUGAAGAACUCCAUCUCCAAGUGCUUUCAAAAUAAUUCAGUAUUUAAGGUGAACGAAAUUGUGAAUGCAUAUUUUUUGAAUUCCUCGAAUAUCAUUUUUUAUUUUAUUAAAUUGUUAUACAUUUUUAAGAAGCAGCUGGAGGCACCCAGGGGGGGGUUUCACUUCGGCAUGUUUGGAAGUGUGAGAAAGGACUACGCCAUUCAUAAUGAGUACUGCACGAAGUUUUCCCCCAUGAAGGAGAUUUCCACGGGGAGGGGCAAAAGUGAGAAAGGAACUGAGGAGAGGAAGUCGGCCAACGGAGAGAUCGCAGGUGCUAAGGUGGAGACUUCCAAUGAUGGGUGUAGCAACUUCCCCAUAAGCAACGAAUUCUUCAGUAUGCUAAAACGACUGAAUGAAGACAUCCUUCUGGAGGAGCAGGACUUUAAGGGCAACUACUCCAAGUUGAUGCUAGACAAGUUUAACUUCCUCACCAUAGAUAACCAGACGAUUCUAAUAAAAUAUAACGUCCCCUCUUUUCGGUUCACCCUUUACAAAGCAUAUGACACCUUUUUCUACAACCACAUUCUGUACGAAAAUUUGAACCCCCUGGAAGAGUUUCAAUUUCUAAAGGACAUCAAAAUAUUAAAUACAACCGAAGCGAAUAGUGUCAAUCUGCUGAAGGAUAUAAAGACAGUGUACCCCAUGAUAUUGCUGUCCAACUUUUACAACUUAAAGGGCAGCGUUUAUAUAACUAGCCAUGAAAACAUACUUGGUUGUAAAAACAUGGGGGAUGUCCUUCGCUAUAGUGAUAAAAACGUUUCACAGGAAUGUACCGACAGUAUCAACGGAGUGCCCUUUGACAAGAUCAAAGAGCAUGCCAGCUACAGCAUCAGCGACCACGAAAUUAACUUCUUCAUAAGCAACAACAUUUAUGUAAGCUUCGACAAGGAUAACUACAACUACCGCAAUAAAUAUACCUUCAAAUCGAACAAGGCCAAGUUCCAAUUUAAUGAGAAUUCCUUAUCUUCCCCUUUCAACAUUUGCCUAACCGAGCUGUUCAACUACCCCAUUCAAACGCUCUAUCUAAAUGCAGUUAUUCUGAAUACAGUCAUGUAUUUGUUUCAUAAAUCGUUUAAUUACUUCGCCGUAACGGAUGAAGCCAGGAAGACGAAAAUGAUUAGUAAGGCUAAAUGUGCCUUUCUUUAUCUCACCUAUAUUGUCUCCUACUAUCAGUUAACGGAGGGCCUAUCCAAUGAGGACCUUCUUUAUACGCAAAAGGAACUGGAUGAUUUCACCGCGGGGGUAGACAUGUCCCACCUCAAGAGGGAAAACGACUCUGUGAAGAAUAAUGAGAAGGCAGUUCCAAACCAAGUUACCUCAUCAGUGGAAUCCCUCACCCGUAAUGAUAAAAAAACAACGGGGAAAAAUUACAUCCCAAUCGACCCCGUCUUCAAAAAGAAAUAUGGACAAGAUGUUUUCAAAAAGUACGAAAUUAUGCAGGCCGCCUACCAUAAUGACAUAUAUAGCAAGAACGCCGCCCUGCAUUAUAAAAGUCUAUUACUAAAUUUAAAUAUGUACAUAAGAAUCCUUGCUGGAGAUAGUAACGUGAAGGAGUUCACCGACAAGCUGCAAUUUUUGGACAACAUUAUUUACCUCAACGUGUCCAACGAAUUAAACGUCUUCAAGCAAAUUUUAGAAAAGGACGACUCAUAUCAGAUUAUAAACAUGUCCUGUUUGUUUAAGCAGUACAACUAUCUUGUUCACAACGUAACAAUCAUGACCUUAAUUAUUCAGUCUAUUUACAACCAUGGAAGGAAAAAAAUCUGCAGUGAAAAUAACUUGCUUAUCAAAAGUUACCUCAUGAGGAAGGUUGCACUGUUGUGCGAUGUGAAUAAAAACUUGCUUUCUCUUUCCGAGGUGCUAGACAACUACAAGCCAGUGAAAGCAUCCGAUGUUUUGAAAAAGUUCGAGCUCGAGUUGGCCAGCGAAAUUGCCGCCUCGUGCAAGCAGCAUGUUCUCAAUUUGUACAAUUUGUUCAACGGGAAGAUGCUCAUUAUGAAGUCAUACUUGUGA